AUGAGCGGCGAUUGUAAAGCGGGUACACCUUUCGGGAACACACGAGUUCGAAACGUUCUCAAGGAUUUCUGUUUUGAUGGGAAUGAAGUGACUAAGGUUCUCUUAUUGGGUUGUGGUGAUCUAAGAAAUACCUUUCAAGCAACAACUUCCAAGAAUCCUCAAAAUUUAGAGAUUCAUCUCAAUGAUUUAAGUCCUUCUGUUUCUGUCUUGGCUCGAAAUGUCAUAAUUUUGAAAAUUGUGGCAGCACAUGAUUUCAAUCUUGAAAAUGAUGAAGAUUUUGGAUUUCUGUGGGAUGUGUGGUACAAUGUUGAUUGGCCAGAAGAAACCAGGAAGAGGUUUCUUUCUAUUGUUAAGGAAUUGACGAAUGAGAAAUUACCAGAUAAUGUCACAAUUCCAAACAGUUGUCACCUAGAAAAAUUGAAGAGUUUGUGGAGUAACUGGCAUUUUGUUUCCUCCCAAAACAAAACCGAUUCUGAAUCACUCUUGAGAAAAGUCUGGGGACAAAGGAAUCAAUGCUUGUUGGACCUAUGGGCUGUCUUGUAUUCUCCAGAACAUUUACAAGAGAAAGCACAUCUGAAAAAUGCUGAUCUCUUCACUGCCUCAUUAAAUGAUCUGGCUAAGCAGUUUAUAAAUCGUGAAGAGUUCAUAGGAUUGGCACCUUGUGUUCGUAAAAAGAUUUACGAUGAAAUUCUGAAAUGUUACAGAAAUGGCAGCAGUCGCCGUCAAAAUAACGACCAACCAGUGUGCGUCAACCCAACUUUGCUGAACCCCUCCACCCAUGAUUGGAAAAUUUACUGCUUAAAUCUGUUUGAAGGUUAUCUGCCAAUGGAAAAAGGAGAGCUGAUAACUUCAGAUGAAGAAAUCGUGACCCACUACUGCUCCGAAAUACUCAAGAGAUUGGUGUCUUCCUAUCGCAGCCGGAUUCCAACAGUCAAAAUCGUUUUUCACUUAGAAGAAGCCUUAAAACAUUGCUACUCAGACGCAAACAAGUUUGACGUCAUCGACUGCUCUGAUUUCUUGGAUCAUGUUGGGUUAGCCAAUUUAGUUGUUGCAUGCUGCCGAAAGUUGUCGGAUAACCCAAAUGCAGUCUUUUAUACCGAAAUAAUGACUGACAGUCAACAUUCGGCCAACACCAUCGUCGAGACAUCCCUUUGCGCUCCAUUGAGCAUGAUUCCGACUAUUUACGGGUUGAGAUUGGCUGACCAUGUUGAAUUAAGAGAUUCAGCUAUAGAUUACUUGCGUUGCAAUACCCUUCAAAGAGGACGCCCAGUGAUUCUCUGCUGGCAGAAAGUACCAAACUUUCAGAACAUCAAAUUGGUCCCUUCUCCUGAUUUAGAUCAAUGUGUAACAAAGCUGGCCAAAUUCUGCCAUCAAACAACAUUUUCUAAACCUGCCUCUCUAAAAAGCAGCGCUGGAAGUGAUAUCUACUACACUCCCUUAACGUUCAACUAUAUUUUGGAUUCAAUGAUCAAGAGACUGGGACAUGAUUUUUGGUUACCGGACAUACGUCUACUUGAAAUCGCUCAUCAAUUCAGUCUGGCAAGAAAAAUUCUGGAGGAUUGGAAGAAUGGAAAGAAAAUGAUGAAAUUUACAGCUGGUGUUGAGUACAUAAGGAAGUCUGCAGUCAGCCAAGAAUCAACUCCUCUACUUCGGCUAGUUUUUGUCCGUAAAGCUUCUUAUAUGUUGAAAGGUGACUUAACCGGACCAGAUGUUCACUACAUCGACAAUUUUGAACUUGAAUUCAAACAGACUUCAAAAGGAAUCAAAGUGGAGACUUCGUUUUUACUGGCUAAUGAUGAUCAUGGUUUUUUCGAUGAAACGUACACUGCGAUUGUAAUCGAUGCUUUCAACGGAAUGCCAAUACUACUCUUAGAGUCUUUUAAAUCAAUGCGGGUAGAGGAAUAUCUUGUUCCUUACCCGAUUGAUCAAAGAAAAUCUCAACUUCCGCUGGAUCCUAAAAAUAAAAUGUACAUGAAGGUCGAAAGUUGUAUCGAGUCAGAAGAACAGUACACCCUUAGGAUUGCUAUUGAAUGUGAUGGAAACGUUUCAGGAUUGAAGAUAUCCACUAACGAGCAGGCCCCCUGCGAAUCCUGCCAUGACGUCACCGUUUCAUUGACUCAACCCAGCGAAAUCAAACCUUUGUCAUUAACAUUUCCAUUUCCGAUCCUUGCGAAAAAUGUUCAAGCGACGCUCCAUCGAAAAAGUCGACAUGUCGAUUUGUUGGUGAAGAAAUCCCUGCUGGAGCCUUGGCCGUGCGAGUUUCACAGUAAAAAUUCUAAAUGGAUAAUAGACGAUUUAAUGCCCUGGGAAAACGUACCACUCACCCCUGAAAAUGGAUUAAACACUUUGGAACACCAUCUGACCAGUCAACUGAUAUCGAAGAAUAUCAAUUCAGACCAUUUUCUUGAUUCAAAGUGUUCUGCUUUGGAUAAAUUGCGUCUCAAGCUUGGAGUAUUGAUGUUGCGUGAUAUUGAGUUUGUCAGUUACGGUCGAAAUGACGAUCGGUACCUACUGAAACUCCAUCGGCCCCUUCUUACUUCCCCAAUGGGAAACCCAAUUUUGCCGAUUACUGCUCUCAAUGAUAUCCUUUCGCGAAUACUUGGACAGGACUUUACGACUAACCCAACUGUCCUCAAAGAAGGACUGGAUCACUUAAAGAUUUACAAGGAAGUCUUUCCAAUUGGCAGAUCCAAGGACAAGUUGGUUGUGGAUGCCGAGACAGAAGAAGAAUUUCAAUUGUUUCGUUUUCUCCUGCGUUUGAACUCAACUAGAAUCGAGCCCAGCAAAUGGCAGAAGGAGAAUAUUCCUCUAGGAGGUAGCAGUCCUUGGCUUGCUACUUUCAUUUCUCCUCUCUACCAGGAUUCCGUAUCGACGGAAAGCAUUGAGGAUGAACUAGCUAACGAGAAAUGCUGUGCCGUUUGUAAGAAAAUCCCCGAGAAGUUGAAGCGUUGCAGUCGUUGCCGUUCUACUGUUUACUGCAGCGUCGAGUGUCAACAGUCUCAUUGGCCAACUCACAAGCUCAUCUGCAAGAAAUUGUAAUUUGGCCAAAACUUAAUGCAGCUU